CCCCCGCCCGUCGCCCGCGCAGGCCAGGCAUGAACGCUGAGACUUGCGUCUCUUACUGCGAGUCGCCGGCUGCUGCCAUGGACGCCUACUACAGUCCGGUGUCACAGAGCCGGGAAGGUUCGUCGCCUUUUAGGGGGUUCCCAGGAGGCGACAAGUUCGGGACAACUUUUCUGUCUGCCGCUGCCAAAGGACAGGGAUUCGGGGACGCCAAGAACCGGGCCCGCUACGGAACGGGACAGCAGGACUUGGCGGCACCGCUGGAGAACAGCGCUGGGGCGCGGGGUUCCUUUAACAAGUUCCAGCCUCAGCCACCCACCCCGCAGCCACCUCCGGCUCCGCCCGCGCCGCCAGCGCACCUCUACUUGCAGCGGGGCGCCUGCAAAACACCCCCGGAAGGCAGCCUCAAGCUUCAGGAAGGCAGCGGUAGCCACAACGCGGCCUUGCAGGUCCCCUGCUACGCCAAAGAGAGCAACCUGGGUGAGCCAGAGUUGCCCCCUGACUCUGAGCCCGUGGGCAUGGACAACAGCUACCUCAGUGUGAAGGAGACAGGGGCCAAGGGGCCCCAGGACCGGGCUAGUGCUGACAUCCCAAGUCCCCUGGAGAAGACCGACUCGGAGAGCAACAAAGGCAAGAAGCGGCGGAACCGCACCACCUUCACCAGCUACCAGCUGGAGGAGCUGGAGAAGGUCUUCCAGAAGACUCACUACCCCGACGUGUAUGCGCGUGAGCAGCUGGCCAUGAGGACCGACCUCACCGAGGCCCGUGUGCAGGUUUGGUUCCAGAACCGGAGGGCCAAGUGGAGGAAGAGGGAGCGCUUUGGGCAGAUGCAACAGGUCCGGACCCACUUCUCCACGGCCUAUGAGCUGCCCCUCCUCACUCGAGCAGAGAACUAUGCCCAGAUUCAGAACCCGUCCUGGAUUGGCAACAAUGGGGCUGCCUCACCAGUGCCAGCCUGUGUGGUCCCCUGUGACCCAGUGCCUGCCUGCAUGUCCCCUCAUGCUCACCCGCCUGGCUCUGGGGCCAGCAGUGUCUCCGACUUCUUGAGUGUCUCUGGGGCUGGCAGUCACGUGGGCCAGACACACAUGGGCAGCCUGUUUGGAGCAGCUGGCCUCAGUCCGAGCCUCAACGGCUAUGAGAUGAACGGCGAACCAGACCGCAAGACCUCGAGCAUCGCUGCACUGCGCAUGAAGGCCAAGGAGCACAGUGCGGCCAUCUCUUGGGCCACAUGACAGGGCCUCCCCUGCCAAUCCUGAUGUCGUGCUCCUCCCUGGGACCUUGGCCACGUCCCUGCUUUCCAGGCCCCGAGCUUCCCACUUGACUCUCCUUUUAGGAACCCGGUCUGACCCAGGGGCCUGGCCCUCAGCACUUUCAGCCACCCCAAGUCUGAGGCCCCAGGGACUGCUGGGAGGGAGGGGGCUGUAUGUCCUUGCCCUUCCCUGGCACUGAGGCCAUGACCCCUGCUCCCUGCCAAAGGCAGUGGAGGAAGCCAGGCGGCUCUAUGUGUAGCUUUGCAUCAUGUAAGCUGAUGCCCUGUCUCUCUUCGUGUCCCUUCACCCUUCCAUCUGACCUAACAGCUUCAACAGUCCAUCCUUGUCUAGCCUUCCUUUCUUCUGUGUGGACCCCUGGUCACCCGGCCUAUGGCUGUGUGUCUUAAGGAACAAGCUGCCUUACAGAGUCAGCUCCUGAACCCCUCUGCUCCCAGAAAGCACACGGGACCCCACCUUCUUUGUCCAAGGCAUCUGAUCAUCCACCCAUGCAAUGGGCCUCGUGACUGUAGCUUGACUGCCCCCUGUGAUGGAUGCACCUGGGAAAAGUGAGGCAUGAGAUGGGGGACAGAACUGAAGGACUCUGCUGCUAUCUACCCAUGAAGAUGACCAAGCUCCAAGGAGAUGUAGGCCCACCUUUGCUCCUGAGACCGGUUCUAGUUGAAACUGUGGGAGUGGGCUGCCAGGUGUAAGGGAGGCAAGGACACAGACCGACCUCCCCACCACUGCCACUACCCCACACAUGAUCAUCAGGAAGCAGAGAAGCUGCCAGCAUGAUGCCCACAAGGAGGAUUCAGUGGACUGAACCUGAGUACCACCUGGCAUCUUCUGCAGUAGGGAGGUCCCUUGGUCAGCGCUGGAACCUCCUCAGGACCCCUCUGGGAAGAGUUGAGAUAUUCGUCCUCUCCCUCCUGGUCACUCUUUGGGGCUGCUGGGCAGUGUCCUGAGCUGGAAGAGUCUACACCUUGGAAGACAUAAGCUAGAGCACAGGGCCACGGCGGAAGCUCAGGAGCAGAGGACAUGUGGCCAGCUCAGCCUCCAGCCAGGAUGGCUUUUCUAUGUUCAGACUAACUGUGUCCAUCACCACCCUGCCACGCAUCACACCUGCUGGAGCUUUCUACACAGGGUAGGUGGAGGUCGGUGCCCCUCUAGGCUAAAAGGAGACCCGCUCUCUAGUUGCCCUCCACACCCUCUUAGAGAGCCUAUCCUUGCUUCUUCCCCAGGGGCCAGGGUCUCUGCCUUAGCUGGCCUCAUGAAAGGUUCCCAUCAAGUACCACUUUCUGUGGCAGGAAAUUCUCCUGAAGUCAGUCCCCUAUCUGAAAGAAGGGGCUCCCUCUCUACCUGACUUGACCUGGAGCUAGGAACUAGGAUUUGAAGUGGCCCCAGCCCUCACCUGAGCUGGAGCAAAGAGCCACCCUUGAGGUAGGUCCCUCAAGCAGGUGGCCUUUCCUGAGGAGACACACUUGCCUUUUCUACAUUCUGCCUCGACUAUUGUCCGUGAGGUGGGCUAGGCCAACUAGGCCCAGGUUCUGCUCACCAAAUGGCCUCUCAGGUUGGGCUGAGGACCAAGGACUCCUGCCUUGGAUCUUCCCUAGGUCUCAGUGGAUGAGAGGUAACCACAAGCCCUGUUGUGUCCUCAUCUGCUCUGGAAUGUAGACGGAGUAAGCUCUCGGUAGAAUGUAGAUCUGGAUUGGCCACCCCUGGUAAGAGUCAGGCCUCUUCGGAAACUGUAGCUCUCACGUAGAUCUUAGGAAGGCAAAGAAAGCCUUGGGUAUUGAAUUCAGGGUUGCCAGUGGCUCGACUUUAAUGUUCCAGAUGUUUGGGGAACAAGUUCUCCAUUUCUGGAGUGCACUGAAAUAACUCACUCCCUCAGAAUCUAGCAAGAGGAGGAAGGGCCUCAGGGAAGGGAGUGACAUAUAACUUCCCUGGGUUUUAUUUCUGGCCAAGCUAGACCCAAGUCAGGCAAACUCCAACCCGCAAGCCUGAUAAUGAAAAGGUAUAUAGCAAUAGCAGAUUGUUUUCCAUCAGUCAAGAAUUGACGUGCCUUCCAUCACCUCUCCAGAUGUAGCAGUUGUCACCUAGGCUUUUCUGGAGGGCCUCAACCUCAGCUGGUCCCUAGGGAACCUGGAGAUGCUCUGAGCUCCCACAGGGCCUCCCUCAUGCCUCAUACCUCAGCUCCCAGGUCUCCAGAAGAGAACUGUGGGGUCCUGUCAUCCCUAAUAGGUCUGUCUUAGCCCCUAAGAUGCCCUAAAGUAACAAAAGUCUCCAAGCAACGUUGCUCCCUAAAGAUCCAGAUCUUCCCAAGGUGCAGAUGAGGGAAGAGGACUUUGCCUCCCAGGUGGUCACUGCCGGAUAAGCAUCUGAGUGAGCUGAGGCCAGCCUUGCCUGACAGCACAGGAGUGGCCAUGUUUAGUGCUGGCAGCCUGGUGUAUCACGGAGAGCAGUUAUACCUGCCUCAUCUCAUCUCUCCAGGAGCCCCUUCCUUCACAGCAGAGGGGCCCAGGCUCUGGGGCAGACAGGCAUGGCUCCAAGUUCUUCUUUGAGUUGUCUUAGUUCUCCUGAGUCUGUUCUCACAGCUAUGCCUCCACCUUCAAGAAGCAGGAUGGGUGGGGAUUCGGGCAAGGAGGCAGCAAGACCCAGGGGUUUCCCCAGCACUCACUGCAGGGCUUGUGUUGGACACAGCUCCGAUGCCCCAUCUCCAGGAGUAGACAGGAAGGAUUCCAUGGAAUCUACCAUGUGCCCGACACAGCCAAUUGCCCUCUGGGAUAUCCUUGGGCAGAUCAUCUCUGGGGACUCAGGAACCCAAGGUCCUAGGUCAACAGGAACGACCCUGACUGUCAGGUACAUAGGCAAACAGACCCAGCAGAGGGAGAGUGGCAGGCAACCUCACCCCAGGGUGCUAAUCAGUAACCAUACAAUCUGAAACCAGGGCAAGCUUCUAUUUUUUCCCUCAGCCCGGCUUUGCUGCAAGGAUGCCAUAGGGAGGAGUUCCCACCAGACAGUGUUUCCCACCCUCGCCUCUCCUCGCCCUUCACUCACACAUAGAGCUAGGCCUGUAUACUACUGAUUUUGGAGGGUCGUUUUCAGUGUCUAAUAACCUGUUUGGGUGUGCAGUGGUCAGAAAAAAAAAAGAGAAAGAGAAAGCUGAGUGAGAGACAGAACAUGAACCUCAACCAAAACUCGCUGUUCUUGUAAGAUAUUCUAACCCUGUAUAAAUGCAACUUUUUCUUUAGCUUAACGGCCUGGGGUGGAACAUUCAGAUAUAUAUAAAUAUAUAUUAAAAAUACAUUAAAAUUUCAGAAAAAUGUAAAAAAAUUGAGGUCCGUUCCAUAAAGUUUUACUGCCUAUACCACCAUGUAACUACAUUAUAGCAAAAUAUUACAAGAAACGUUCUUUUCUUUUAAAGUAAGUUAUUGCACUUACAUCUCUUGCUGAGGGGAGGAAUGUGGGAAGAAGGAGGCUGAGGCGCUGAGGUGGGUGGGAUGCAAGGCAGAGGCAGCUGACGCUUCCGGCACCCCCUUGUCGGGAGCAGAGCAGACUGUCUGUUUGUUGUUGUUGUUUGCAAUAAACUCCUCCCUCCUCUCAA